AUGGCGUGCCGACUACCGUUACAGACCAUUAAACAUCCUCCAGAUUUUGUGAGGUGCAUCCAGCAAAUCUUGAAAGCUGUACCAUCUGCAGCAGCUUCAUUGAACCAGCAUUUAAUUGUGUGUAAGCGCUAUCAGUCAAGGAGAACAAGAGGUACACUGUCUUCAGUUAUUCAGCCUUUGACUGUGCAGCCAGCUGCAAAAAAUGCUGAUGAUAUCAACAUUGGUGAAGAGUUGACAGGAGUUAUAAAAAAAGAAAACCUGCUGAAACUAUUGUCAGUAUUUCACAAUGAUGAUAAAAUAAAGAAACUUGCAUCUGAAAAUGGCCUAGACCGUAAUUUAUUCCAUCGAGCCUUUUUGAGUUUUAGAAAAUUCUGUACUGAAUCCAACCAUCUGCCUGUAGACUUGCACGUAGUUUUCAGUGAUAUACUUCAGAGAUCUGGUCAUAUACAUGAUAUUUUCCCUUACUUUCUGCGUCAUAGUUAUGAAAUUUUCCCUCAUUUGGAAGCAAUGGAGGAUUUGAAAAAGAUCAGUGAUCUCCGGUUUCCUGCAAAUUGGUAUCCUGAAGCUCGCUCCAUAGAACGCAAGUUUGUAUUUCACGCUGGCCCAACCAACAGUGGGAAAACAUAUCAUGCUUUAGAACGGCUCAUCAAAGCAAAAUCAGGCAUCUAUUGUGGUCCCCUCAAGUUAUUAGCCGCUGAAGUCUUCCAUAAAUGCAAUGAUGCUGGUACUCCAUGCGACCUUGUUACUGGUGAGGAAAGACGAUUUGCAAAAGAUGAUGGAACACAGUCUGAUCAUGUUGCAUGCACCAUUGAGAUGGCCAGUCUAACAACACCAUAUGAAGUGGCAGUCAUAGAUGAAAUUCAGAUGAUCCGAGACCAACAGCGAGGGUGGGCAUGGACACGUGCUGUCCUAGGACUGAAUGCACAGGAGAUCCAUGUGUGUGGUGAAGCCUCAUGCAUUGAUUUGGUUAAGGAGUUAGCGCUCACUACAAGGGAGGAAGUGCAGGUUUCUCGGUACAAAAGGUUGACAAGCCUCACAUACUUGAAUGAAGCUAUUGAAAAAUUCCAGAAUGUGCGACCAGGUGACUGCAUUGUGUGUUUUAGCAAGAAUGACAUCUACUAUGUGACUAGACAGCUGGAGCAGUUGGGGAAGGAAUGUGCAGUAGUAUAUGGAUCCUUGCCUCCAUCUACCAAAUUGGCCCAGGCUGCUAAUUUCAAUGACACCAACAGUGCUUGCAAAGUCAUGGUUGCAACUGAUGCUAUAGGAAUGGGUUUAAAUCUUGCUAUUAAAAGGGUUGUGUUCUACUCUGUAACCAAACCUAUGUUAAAUGAUAAGGGAGAAAAAGAAAUGGAUCUAAUCUCAACAUCGCAGGCCUUACAGAUAGCAGGACGGGCUGGAAGAUACAAUACAGCGUAUGAACAAGGUGAAGUCACUACAUUUUACUCCAAAGACCUCAACAUUUUGAAGGACAUCCUUAAUCAACCAAUUGAGCCGAUCACUAAAGCGGGCCUGCAUCCUACAGCGGACCAGAUUGAGCUGUUUGCUUACCAUCUUCCAAAGGCAUCUUUGUCUAAUCUCAUUGAUAUCUUUGAACUAAGCUGUGAGCUAGACAGUGACAUGUUCUUCAUGUGCUUGAAUGAGGACUUCAAGUUCCUAGCGAACAUGAUUGAGCAUGUUCCACUGCCCCUCCGAGUCCGAUAUGUUUUUUGCUGUGCUCCCAUUUCUGUAAAGUCACCUUUCUCAUGCGCAAUGUUUUUGAAGUUUGCGAGGCGAUUCAGCCGGAGUGAGCCUAUUACUUUUGAUUGGCUGUGCCACCAGAUUGGGUGGCCCUUAAAACCACCUGGCAAUCUUGUCGAGCUUGUGCACUUAGAAUGUGUGUUUGAUGUUUUGGAUCUCUAUUUGUGGUUAAGUUAUCGAUUCCAAGACCUCUUUCCUGACUCGGUGAUGGUGAGAGAACUGCAGACAGAGUUGGAUAAGAUCAUCCUGACUGGUGUGAGGAACAUUGUCCAGCUGGUGAAGAACCAAGAACAGGAUAACCUGGUGUUGCAGGAUGAUGAAGAUGACUUGAUGAUGAAGGCGCCCAUUCGGAGGAGUGGAGGGCUGAUGGAGCGCAGACCGCUUGAUGCUCAAAUCAACAGUGCCAGAAGUUCUGACAAGAUGAAGCAAGCAAUAGCUAUGCGUGCACACAGUAAACUUGCCCAGAAACUAGUCACCAGCGGAGUGGUAUCCCAGGAAACAAUGGAGACAUUAAAGCAAGAGUGGAUGCUCGAGAGUGAGAAAAAGAAACGACAGUCUGGCAGAAGAUAUGCAGAAAGCAGUGAUAAUAAAGACUCAGAGAAGAUUGAUAAUUAUGAGGAAUGA